CACAACAGAAGGACGUCGCCACGAUGAUGAGACUACCGCCGUGCCGUCGAUGGGUGAUUGCAGUGGCGGUGGCGGUCUGCCUGUUGCACCAAUGGAUGCCUCAUUCUGAAUGCUUCGCGGAUGAAUCCGAGGACAUCAAUCCUUGUGAGCGGUUCCCGUACUUGGUCUCUGUGCUUCGGAACGUCGACGGGACGCAAGUGCACGGCUGCAGCGGUGUGCUUGUGAACGAGCGAUGGGCGAUCACGGCGGCGCAUUGCUUGGAUGCGGCUGGCUCCAAUCCGAGCAUAUUGUUUGGAGCAUGUGACGGAGACUCUGGCAAGGUGGUGGCGACGAACUACGCCGCCGUCCACCCGCGAUGGACCGGACUGCACUGGGAAGGCAACGACAUCGCGUUGCUGCGUCUGGAGCACGGUGCACCGCAGCUUCCGGGGACUUUGCUCAACAGAAACGGGAACGAACUUUCUGGAGACGUCUACUACGCUUCCACUACGACUGCAUGUGAGUCUACCGAAUCAGAUGAGGAUGAGGGUCUGAGCGUCGUGCGGAGGGCGUCGGCGGCUGGGGCCACCGACCGGGAGACCUGCCGCGGCACCGGGGAGGAGCGCUGGGGAGACCUGAUUCAAUUUUCCAUGACGUGCGUGACUGGAGGGGAGAUAUGCGAUGGUGACAGCGGGGGAGCUUUAACAAAACUUAGAAUUGGGGAGGAGCCCUCCACUGACUUGAUCACUGGACUAGCGAGCUUCCCGUACGACGAAGAGGGCUGCGCCAGUGCCUCCCAACCGCGGGCUUUCACUAAGCUUUUGGAGUACCUCGACUGGAUGGCACAAGCCACUGAGGAAGUGCUGGAGUCCUCGGAGAAAGAGGCAGUAGCACAGUUGCCCUCCGCAGCGUCUCGUGGAGACACGGACGCCGUCAAGGCGUCCCUGGAUGCCGGGGCCACCAUCGUGGCGCGGCCACUCGCCCCCGCCUUCUUCUCGGCCACGCGCGCGGGCCAUAUCCAAGUCCUCCAGCUGCUCUUGGAUGCGGGCGCCGACCCCAGCGAAGGCAUUCAGGGCGGCAGGGGACUCUCCUGGCCCCUGUCCAGCGCCGUUUCGGCCGGAGACGUGCAGAUGGUGAAGUUUUUGUUGGGUGUGGGGGCCAGGGCUGGAGGAUUCGACAGGUUGAUUUACCGGGGAGGGCCCGGGGAGUCUCUCGUGAGCGACGCGUGUUGGAGGCAGGGGGACAACUACGACGAGGUGGUGAGGCUCCUGCUGGAGGCAGGGGCCUGCGGCAGCUGCGGGGAUGCGGUUGGGCCCGAGUGCCCGGGCAGGGAUUGA